AUGAAUAAGGUUCUUCUUCAGGCUUCUUGUGAGGAUUGCAAACUAUUUGUCCCCUCUUCUAAACCCUUAAAAAACCUUCAGGAGGUUUCUUUGUGGAAACCAGAGGUGGUUAACGAUAAUAAGACUUCUCCAAGGUUAAAUCCUAAUGGAAGAGUUAAGGAUGGCGAUAACAAAAUUAAGUUAAUAGUCUGCCAUAUGAUGGGCGGGUAUCUUAUGGAAGAUAAGUACACCCAGAUGGUUCCUUGUUCAGAAGUAUAUAAUAUAGUUUCUAGUUGGUCUUAUAUCGAGUAUUUCAUAUACUUUAGCCACAACUUUGUUACUAUACCUCCUACCUCGUGGAUAGACAUUGCACACCGAAAUCAUGUUCCCAUUUUGGGGACCGUCAUAACGGAAUGGAAGGAGGGCUACUAUAUUUGCGAGGAUCUUUUUAAGUUGGAAAAAACUGCCCUUUCUUUUGCCGACCAGUUGGUAUGGUUUCCCAUUGCUACGCACUACUGCUUUGACGGAUGGCUGAUUAACAUUGAAAAUCCCGUGGAAGAGGCUAACAUACCCAAUCUAUUUAUGUUUUUAGAAUACCUCAAGCUCAAGUUAGAGGCUUCUCUUCCUGCUUCCAAGGUUAUAUGGUACGACAGCUUGACUCGUAACGGCCACUUGUGCUGGCAAAAUGAAUUGAACCUUUCCAACCUUGAGUUUGCCCAGCACUGUGAUGCAAUCUUCCUCAACUACUUUUGGGAUACCUCUUGUCUUUUUAGGACGCACUCUUUACUAAAAAGCCAUCCGGUGGAUGUAUAUGUCGGGAUCGACGUCUUUGGUCGAGGGUCUCCCGGUGGUGGGGGCCUCAACACCCAUAAGGCGGUUGAACUGAUCUCACAGUACGAAAAUUUGCACAUAGCUCUUUUUGCUCCUGGUUGGAUUUAUGAAUCUAAAAACAACAAACUCGACUUACUCGGCAAUCAGCUGUUUUGGGACUCGUUUACCCCGUUCUGUCAAGCAUUCGACAGCGUUCAACUACCUUUCGAUUCUUUUUUCAACGUGGGAUUUGGAAAGCGUUACUUCGUGAAGGGAAAACUGGUUUCGGAAAAGGAAUGGUCACAUAUAAGUUUAACGUCGCCUUUAUUACCCUCUAUAUUGGCUAAAUCUACUUCUAAAAACUUAAAAUUUUCCUUUGAUGAAGCCUAUGAAGGAGGUUCCUCUCUUGAAUUGGAGGCUUCUGCCGCAAGCAGUUAUUUCACGUUGCUGGAGCACUGCCACUUCGCUACACAGGCAGGCCUUCUAAUUAGACUGGUCUUCAAGCCGGCAAACUUGUCGCCUUCGCCCUUUUCUAUUAGACUUUCCUUCUUAAAUAGACAUCCAAUAGAGUUCUCCUACAGGGACUGCCAAAGCAAAGACUUGACGAUUCUAGCCGAAGAACGUAAGGACUCCGAUGGCUGGAACCUGUUGACCCUCAACUUAAAACCUUUGCAGGAAGACUUUUUAAAAAAAAUUGAGGUUAAGCUGGAGAAAGACAGUCGCGUCUUCUUCGGUCGACUCACUGUCAUGGAAAAUAAGCCUAUAAAAGAUGCCGUUUUCUUAAGCUCUUUGCAACUUAAAAAUUUUUGUCACCACCAAGAGGAUUCUAGUAUCUGCGGAUUGCUUCAGUGGGAUGCCUCUAAGACUUGUUCCCAGUUCAACGUGUAUGGAAAGAUGACCGAUAUCUAUGGAAAGCAGACUGUUCUGUACAUUACUACCACCCGUCAGCCCACGUACACGUUCUGUCGUCUGAAGGUGCCGCCGGGUAUAGGCUCAGUCACUUUCGAGAUACAAACGUUAUUUCCUCUGGCAACCCAAUGUCGUAGUGAAGUACCCGAUGAACUUUCAGUUUUCUGCUCCCAAAAACUUUGCGUGGUGCCUUAA